AUGUCAGACAAUGAUGUCCUUGAAUUGGUCUCACGUAACAAUGGGCUACGCGAAAUCCUCCUGAUGAACAGCAACUUAACUGACAAAUCAAUUGUUCAUAUUCUUGGACAUUGUCCAGAUAUUGUAAGCAUCUCGAUUGGCAAUUUUGACAAGAAUGGGCGGGUCAGAGGCCAUUUUGCAUCAUACAUGAACAAGCAGGAAAACCUACACAAAUGGGAGAACUUGAAAAGCUUCGGUUUUUCCAAUCAGCCACUCGACAAGGCGCACAUUAGAAGCAUGCUCAAAAAACGACGGAACCUACGAAUCGAUCAGAUUCAGAUGCCCAGCCCCGAAGUAGUAAAAUCUCUCACGGAUGCCGGUAUCUCACCUGGCAACAAGCAACUAGCAGAAAUGUUUGCCGAGGACGAUGCUGAAGUGUUAAGAGUCAUACCUGCUGCAUCUUUCUGGAGAGAAGGCAAGAUUGUAGGCCCAGACAUGGUGGCUUUGGUGCGCUUGGAACAGACUCGGUUGGAUGCUAUCCGACGGUGCAAGGCUGAGCUUGAGGCUGAGGAGGCUGAGGUGGAGGCAGAAAAGCUCACUGAAGAACCAGAGAGUCGUAGAAAGCGGACUCUGGACCCGGCCUCUCCAUCAUCACCACGGCCAGCUCGAAAGGUUGCAAGACGCGAAGUUUCCGAUCUCCGUCACGAAGAAGAUGCAAGGCAGGCCGACAGGACGAGUAGCACAAACGUCAACGAAGCGUCAUCAAGUAUGGAAAACACCUCUGGGAACGCCAACGCAGGCAGCAGCUCUGACGGAAGCGCCUUGACUAAGAGCGUCAUCAAAGAAGAACCUUUGGACGGGGACAGCUUCGGAGUGAACUAUGAGGCAGCCGAAACUCACGGAGGAGAUGCCUUGGACGAGGAGGAGGAUGCUGUAAUGAGGACUGUAAUCAAGAGAGACGAUAGUCGCCUUUGGUUGUAUGACAGGCGAGGCACUCUCUCUGAUAGAGACGUGCGCGCGAUUGUUACACGGAACUACUGGCUGCUCGACAUCAACUUAUAUGCACCGAACUUGACCGAUAAGUCAAUUAUUGCCAUCCUCAAACAUUGUCCACGCAUCGCAGCUAUCCGAAUCAAUGGCUUGUCUGAGGCCUCCGGACGGGUCAAAGGCCAUUUUGUUUCUUUCAUGAACAUGCGGGAAAAUCAGCACAAAUGGGGCAUGUUGAAGAAGUUACGGCUGAACUACCAACCGGUUGUAGAGGCACAGGUGAGAAGCCUCUCCAAGAGAAGACCAGACAUAGUCAUUUCGCAGAGCAUUAGGGUUCCUCCCCCUGUGGAAGAGUCGCUGUCAAAUGCUGGUAUUGAUAUACCCGUCCCGGCCAGAACUGAGUGGCGCAGAGGGCAUGUUGAGGGUAUAGAUUGGGUGGCAUUAGUGCGCAGAGAGCAAACGAGGCUGGACGAUUUGGAACAGCUUGCGUCACAAGUUCGAGAGGAACGGGAGCGACAGAGGGCAUACGAGCAAGAACAGCUUGCGACACAAGUUCGAGAGGAACGGGAGCGACAAAGGAUAUACGAGCAAGAACAGCAGAGGGAAAUCUCAAGGCUACUUGCUAAGAGACGAGCCCAGGCGCAACAAGAGUUAGCCAUCGCUAGAUCGCACGUCGAUUCUGAGGAAAGUGAUGCAGAAGAUUCCGAAUCAGAAGAAGACUGUUCAGAGGAAGCAGAAUCUGGCGAUGAUAAUCUGGAGGAUCUUGAUGCUAGACGUUUAGGAGGUUAUGGAAACACUUCAGAGGAAGAGGGAGACUCAGAAGCCGAUGAACUUGAGGAAGAGGAAGACACCUUGGUAGAGGAAAAUGAAGAAGCAGACGAGCUCGAAGAAGCUACUGAAGAAGAGCGCUCGGAUGGAGAAGAUUGUUCCCUAGAAGAGACCGACGGGGAAGAGGAAGAGGAGGACGAGGAGGAGGACGAGGAGGACGAUGAAAUAUAUCAAAACGAAGAAGACGCGCGUCCCUCGAUCAAGGCCGAAAGAAAUGCACAGAUUGCAGACCAAGGGAUCCCCAGUACACAAUCCAGAUAUUGGGUCCCCAGGGGGCGGAACACAGGAGCAACGAUAAAACAAGAAAGUCGCCUUAGUGUGGCGAGGGCUCUACCAAGAGAACCGGCAUCGAUAUCUGCCGAUGAGGAUGAUGACAUGCGCAUCGCAAAUGGAUCUCAAUUCCAAGACGAAUGGCAGCUGAACGACCGCAUGGAGACGGAUUCUAAAGAUGAGCUAUUCGACCGGAUCAAAAGCGAAAGUAGAAUACGUGCACAAGAUGCCGCACGCUUCGAGAACGACAUCGAACGCUCUAAUGUUGUCAAAUCGUAUUAUCCAUGCAAUCCCCGUCCACCCAUCGCGUUUGCGGAUUCCGUCACACUCAGAUUUGUCAGUCCUGAGGAUUGGGAGCGACGAUGGCAGAGGGCGCAGCGUCGCACGGGCAUACGCAUGGUCAUUUUCGAACCAAGCUUUGCUGUCACUGUCACCGACAUCAAUAUGCUAGCUUGGUCACCAGCAGCAUUUAGUUCAUCCAUUCUCGCGAUCCGUGUGGGCAACGGUGCCCUGCUAGACGACCAGUCUAUUACCAACCUCGCCGCAAAUAUGGCGCAGUUAACGCAGGUGCAAAUCGAUUUGGCUCCAAAUAUUGGUGACCAAUCCAUCAUGAGUCUUAUUGAGUUCUGUCCGGCCAUUGAAUACAUUGAAGUAUGUGGGGAUGUACCCACGAGACGAUCUGGUGGUGUGACUUUGCGUAACCUCGACGCGAUAUUGAUUGCAAAUGAAGAUAAGACCCAACGUCUUCGUCAUUUGGUGCUCGUAGAUCAGCUGGUGGAAGACAAGAGCGUGGAAGCCUGCGAAAACUUGCGAGCAAAUCUGAAAAUUAUACGUGGACAUCAGACACGAGAGGAAAUUGUGCCGGGAGGCAGGGCUUAG